AUGCAGCCAAUACCCGAAAGACCGCCGAUUUGCCCGAAAACCCAGCUACCUCAUUUACAUCUGACACCUUCUGAUGCCGGUCAAAAGAAGACUGACGGAAGCCCACUAGGAACAGAUAAUCCGUGGCUUCUUAAGCCUCAGCAUGAUAUUCCCGCGACGCCUCCCCCACAGAAAAAUCAACAGUCCGUCAACUUCUUCCAGCAAAGAAUAGGAUAA